UUCUACCAAAGUGGAAAAUUCUCUUUCAACUGUGAAGAAAAAAAACAAAAACCUGCUGCUGAAAUACUUCCAGGCAUUUCACUCAGUUAGGAACCUUCUUGAGCAAAAAGACUUUUCAACUGCAGACCAGGUCUGAAAAAAGUAAAGCCAAUGCAUAAGCACCUUAAACCUGCAUUCUCUCUAACAGCCAUCAGGGGGCGACUCCACUAAAAGAAGUGUGAUUGGAUAGAAGUCUAUGAGAAAAUGAGGCUACUUCUCAGCUGAUUUAUUACUUCAGUAAACACUUUCCUAAUGAGUUUAUGGUCUCAGUCUUCACUCCCACUCUUUUGAUUCCUAGUGACUGCAGGGAUACUGGUUCUCAAUGUGUGUCUGUCCUCUGUUAGGAAACUGGGAAUGGACAUCUACUCGGGGACGUUUGCUCUCAUCGGAGCUGCCGCCUUCCUUGGAGGUGUGGUCAGAAUGACCAUCAGUCUGACUGUCAUCCUAAUCGAAUCCACCAAUGAAAUCACAUACGGGCUGCCCAUUAUGAUCACACUAAUGGUUGCUAAGUGGACGGGAGAUUUCUUCAACAAGGGCAUCUAUGACAUCCACAUCCAGCUGAGAGGAGUGCCGCUGCUGGAGUGGGAGACAGAGAUCGAGAUGGACAAGCUGACUGCCAGUGACAUCAUGGAGCCCAACCUCACCUAUGUGUACCCCCACACCCGGGUCCAGUCUCUGGUCAGCAUCCUGCGCACCACCGUCUACCACGCCUUCCCCGUGGUCACUGAGAACCGGCAGAACGAGCGGGACUUCAUGAAGGGGAACAUCCUGGUCAGCAACAACAUCCGCUUCAAGAAGUCCAGCGUGAUGUCCCGUGCAGGGGAGCAGCGGCGGCGCUGCCAGUCCAUGAAGUCGUACCCGUCCAGUGAGCUGAGGAACGUCUGUGACGAGCAGAGCGCCGCGGUGGAGCCGGCCGAGGAGGGCGAGGAUCUGCUGCAGCAGAUGUUGGAGAGGAGGCACGCUCCCUACCCCAACCUCUACCCAGAUCAGUCCCCCAGCGAGGAGUGGACCAUGGAGGAGCGCUUCAGACCGCUCACCUUCCACGGCCUCAUCCUGCGCUCACAGCUGGUCAACCUGCUCAUCAGGGUCUGCUACACUGAGAACCAGUCGAGCGCCACCCAGCCCAGGCUGUCCUACGCAGAGAUGACAGAGGAUUACCCACGUUACCCUGACAUCCAUGACUUGGACCUCGCCCUGCUCAACCCCCGCAUGAUAGUGGACGUCACCCCCUACAUGAACCCGUGUCCCUACACAGUGUCACCCAACACCCGCAUCUGCCAGGUGUUCAACCUGUUCAGGACCAUGGGCCUGCGACACUUACCUGUGGUCAACGCUGUGGGGGAGAUUGUCGGAAUAAUCACAAGACAUAAUUUAACCCACGAGUUCCUGGUGGCCAAACUGCGACAGCACUACAUCACCAUUUGAGUCGACUCUGGACGUCCUGCCGUCCUCCUCCGACCCCCCCAGACUCUGUUCAGCCUGGUCCUGAGCCUCUUGUCUCUGUCCUUUCCUAACAGCAUGUUCCCAAACACUUUCAGGGCUUUCACAACCACACACACGUUCUCCGUCACCCAGUCAGGAACACACUUCUCCAAUAAGUGAAACCAUUCAGUUGUAUUUCACAUUUCCAGUGUAGCGUUGUCAGCCUCCGAUCCACCGGGCCGGACACAUGUACUGUAGGUACCAUACAACAGUUAUGGAAUAGAUAAUUGCUAAUGUAACUGGAGGACUGAGAACAGGUUUCUUUUUUUAAAUCAGGAGAUCGCUUCGUUAGCAGCAUCACACAGUCCCAACAUGAAUUAUAUCUGUGGUCUCCACACAGAUGAAGACCAGCCCUGAAGAUUUGUUCAGUGAUUCUGACAGGUCUGAAGUUGAGCUCAUUGGCUGCUGUUUCUGCUGGUUGGAGACGCAAUUGACCAAUCAGAGCUUGCUAGGCAGAAUUCAGACUGAGGAAGUCAUCGUUAGCUAGCUAUAGAACUACAUCUGGGAAAACAUGCAAAACAGAAACAGAGCAGACUUGCAGUGGUGCUGUGCCAUGCUUCUGACGGCCCAUUAUUCCAAACUCCAAUAGUCUGAAAAAUGUCUUACUGGACCUAAAGCCCAUUUGUCAGCCCGUUACCCCGAAAAACAAAUUCCCAAUGCUCUGAAAAUACCAGUUGUUAGUUCAGUGGCUGACCCCGAGUCUGUGGUGCUCAGUCGGCGCUGAUUUUAUUCCCUCGUUGGAAAUUUGUCUGCGACAGUAACAUCUUUUGAAAUGUGGUUUGGUGGAAGGCUGGCAAAUCCUAUUAAAGGGUCAUUUCGGCAUGUUUAAACCAGGGCCCUGUUUCCACAUAUUUUAGGGUCAAAAUGACUCGUAGGUACGAAUCUGCAGCCGUGGCGUCCACAGAAAGUGCUUCUUCUGCCUGCAACAGGCUCAGGCUGUUACACCAGGUGUCUGACAGCAUCAUGGAAAGGAUCCCUACAAGGGACUCCCGCUGACCCCCUUUGUUUUUAACAGGAAACUGAAGUCUUGCGAAUCUGGCGAGGGGACAGUUGUUGCAGGAAGAUGGUGGUGGAAACGAGGGAGAGGAGUUUGUUGUGUAGGUAGAGGAGCUGCUAGAAUCUCCAACACAACAAACUCUUCUCUCCACCUCACAUUACCACCAGCGUCUUUCUGCAACAACUGUCCUGUCACGUGAUUUCAGAGUGAGACUUCAGUCCUGUUAAAAACAAAAGGGCUCAGCAGGAGUCCCUCGUAGGGAUCCUUUCCAUGACGCUGUCAGACACCUGGUGUAACAGUCUAAGCCUGUCUGUGUUUUUUUUGUUCCCUGAAGGAAAAUGCUGUGACUGCCGGCUGAAGCAAACCUUUUCGUUCCUUCUAGUUUACAACACCAACAAGUGUGGGAACAGGGCCCAGGUUAAGACAUACAGGAGUUACCAUUUAAGAGCGAAACACCAGCCCAUUCAGCGCCAUGGACCGGGCCAACAGUCCCUGAACUGAUACCUGGAGAGAGGGAAAUCCAGCUUUCUGUCAGAAAGCCGUCAGGAGGUCAGGUGACGUAGUUUAAGAUUAUAAAGAGAUCUGUAGGAAGGAGGUCGGGGUGGAUGGAUGGGUUUUUCACCCAGGAGACACGUGUCCUGUGUGAAACCAAAAGUCAACAUUGAUUUAUUAUUUUAACCCGACCAUGAUGUUUGGGCCGUCCCCCGAGCAGUGCUGAACAGACCCAGUCUUCAUCAGAGAGGUAACAUGAAGAGGAUUUAUAGUCUCCGCUCUGUUAACGGAGGAAUCUCACAUUAAAGUAAUGCUGUUUGCUGCAGCUGCAUCAGAGUGAGACAUUAGUUUGAAUUAAUUUGAACUUGAUUGUGUGACAGAGUGACUACCCAAGUGAAAUAUCAAUAUCACGUGCAAAGGUUUCCUUACUGCCUUCAUGAACAAACUUUUAUUUGACCUUUUCAUUUAGCUUUAUCAACGUUGUCACUGUAGCACUUUUACUUUUGUAGAGUAACUGGAACAUGUGCACUACAUGCAGGCUGCUAAAGACUGACCAUAUCACUUCAUUCCAGUACGGACAUACAGAAACAUUUCUAACCACUGCAGCGGUCUACACACACAUUAGCGUUUGUUUUGCACUUCUGAUAUGUUGUAGUAUUUAGUGAGCUCAGUGUUAGCAUGCGUCAGGGCUGAGAGGAUGUGUGUCUGGCGCUCUCAGGUUUCUUAUGUAAGAGGAAAUUUGGACUGAAUUUAAUAUUUCACAUUAAUCCUCAGUUAUCAGUUUCAUCAGCAGCAGGAGAGUCUCCCUGUCGUUUCAUUCUCAUUCCUAAAAGGGACUAAAAAUCGAGUCGGAGCGAAGACAAGUAACAGGAAGUGGAACUGUGCUUUUAUUGAUGGACAUGGAGUCCACUGUAUGUCAGGUUUCUAACGGCUUAUAACAAACCAUGAUGGCACAUAUAUGUACAUUCCUUAUUUGUUUCAUGUCUCUGCUUUAUGUUUUAUUUAAGAGAUUAUUUUUUAUACUGUUUUAUUGUUAUGAUUUGCUGCCUGUGAAUAAUUCACUGCAUUUCUAAAUGGACUGAGGCGGUCCUUAAUAAAAUUAUUGUUUAUAGUGAAGGCAUUGCAUUGUCUUCAAUAAAUAUGUUAUCCCAUCUAAACUCCACACUUGGCGUGGCAGGUGGCGUGCUGGAGCAGUGUGCAGGAACAUGUCCUGCUGCGAAGCAUGUUUCAUCUGACUUCCGUGGAGAUUUAGCCGGCACCCUGCGCUUCUUUAGAAGUCUUUGUUUCUACAGAUGCAGAGAACUGGCACAACAAGCUGCAGCGGUGGAAUAAAGAGCAGAGAGACCUCUGUCUUGUGCCUUUAUGAUUGUUCAAAUAAAGGUCCCUCUGUUCAAUCACA